CUCCUCUUCUUUCUAAGCCAACAUUCUCCGUUGCGUCUUCUUUUUGUUGCGCAGUGUGAACCUUACCCUUUCUCUUAAUGAGUCCCAACUAAGCAACGCCCCACAUCAGGAGCCACUCUCAGGGCUGAGUUCUUUUUUAGGCUCCAAGAGCCAGCCUUUACCUGGCACCGUUGCAAAGCCUCUGCGGAGAAUGGCGUGCAAAGGGGAAGAUGGCAUCCAACCCUUGAUGCUAAGGGAGAGGAUUCGAGUGGAUGGAGUCGCAGCGGACGCCAGCUUCAAUGCGAGUACGGGGGAGUUGCGUUGGGGGAGCAGUGCCGGCGUUAACUGGUGCUUGAUGAUGGAGUCGGAGGUUCUAGGAUUCAAGACGAAAGGAGUGAAGAUUAUAGUCAAGGCAUUUGUAUUCGCGUCGAAAGGAGCGUCCUUUGGUGCCAGCGGUGGGAAGCUGGCAAGGACUAGGAAGGAUUUCGUGUUGGAAAUGCCAUCGGAGCAGUGUGCGAUGAUUUGGAGUGAUAAGUUUGGGGAUCUUAUUAACUUAUUUGGCCGGCCUAGGAGGUUGUUUAUCAUUCUGAACCCCUAUGGUGGAAAGAGAUGUGCUCUUAAAAUAUUCCAAAAUGAUGUUAAACCCUUGCUUGAAGCUUCUGGUAUCAUUUAUACACUGCAAGAAACAAGCUAUCAGCUUCAUGCUCGAGAGCUUGCUCACAAGUUGGAUCUUCUAAAAUAUGAUGGGAUUGUGUGUGUCAGUGGCGAUGGUGUUCUUGUAGAGGUAGUUAAUGGGUUGCUUCAAAGAGAAGAUUGGGAUACCGCUGUUAAAGUGCCUCUAGGGAUAAUUCCGGCGGGUACGGGUAAUGGCAUGGCAAAAUCGCUUCUGGAUUCUGCUGGUGACUCGUACUCUGUAUCUAAUGCUGUAUUUGCAAUUAUUAGAGGUCACAGGCGUUCUUUAGAUGUUACCACUGUGCAGCAAGGAGAGGCAAGGUUUUUUAGUGUCUUGAUGCUGACAUGGGAUGUAGAUAUCGAAUCAGAGAAGUAUAGGUGGAUGGGAAGUGCUCGGUUUGACUUCUAUUGUUUUCUGCGUGUAGUGAACAUGCGGAAAUACCAUGGUAAUGUACAAUUUGUUCCUGCUGCUGGAUAUGAAGUUUAUGGGGAACCUCUGGACCGGAAUGAAAGCUGCAAGGAUGAAGUCCCUGAACAAACCUGUGGUGUUGCUGCUAGAGUUCAGCAAUGUGGUUAUACAGGCCCUAAAAUUUCUUUGGAGGAUUUGGAGUGGAAGUCAGUUAAUGGCCCUUUUAUUUUGGUUUGGCUUAACAACGUGCCUUGGUCUGGAGAAGAUGUUAUGCCAGCACCCGAAGCUAAGUUUUCAGACGGCUUCUUAGAUGUGGUAAUAGUCAAGGAUUGUCCAAAGACAGCCUUCUUGUCACUUAUGUUGAAGAUGAAUGAUGGCAGUCAUGUGAAAUCUCGAUAUGUCAUGUACCUAAAGGUGAAGGCAUUUCGACUAAGGCCUGGUCAGCGUGUAGGGAAUCCAGAUAAAGGCGGUAUCAUCGACUCUGAUGGUGAGGUUAUUGCCAGGGGAGAAGGAACUUAUGAGUGCAGUCUACAAGAAACUGAUCUCAUGACUUAUGGUCCUCCAAUUCAGAUGACGGUUGACAAAGGUCUAGCAACCAUAUUCUCCCCAAAAUGAUCAUCACAUCUCUUAUCUUCUUUGUGCAUGAUUAAGAAAACGAAGAGGAAAUAAAAGUGCUGCUGACAUAGAUGGUAUUACUUACUAGCGAGGAGGCACUUGGGUCAUUUUAGCUGUAGAAAAAAAAAGUGCCUUUUAACUUUAAGAUCGUGCAUUGAAUCUAUUUCAAUAAGACUGUUUAUACCAUCUUUUUUUUCCCUUCU